UGGAACGGGCUGUAUUGACGUGCAGUGCAUGUACAUGUACAUGUAGGCUGCACAACUAAAUGGGCUAUGGAAAAUUGUAUGCAACUUAUAAAGCCCAACCAUUAUUGUUUGCCGUACGAUUAAUGGUACUGUCUGAUAGGCUCUGCCAAACAAACGUUUUGGCAUCGGAUUUUACUGCUUCGAACUGGAACAUACGGGACUAAACAUACGAUGGAUAUAUAAUUUGUUGGAUACUGUCUUUGUUGCCGUCUACAGCUUGUGUAGCAAUCCUGUGGCUGAAGCCUACGCCCUACUGUCCAAGUCACUACAAGGGUGGACUGUGGAGCAGGCUCGGUCGGUCUCUUACCCGUGUCGCGGCGCAGCCGGUGACUGGACGUGAAUUAUAAGCCCUUCUGAUUGCAUCUCCGAUCUAAGCAAUGAUGGGCUUUCACGGACCAAGUCUACUCUUCACCAUCUUGGUACUGGUAUCCGUUGCCUUGCCUCAUGCCGCUGCAAAGUUCCCUCAAAAAGCAACGAUUUUUGAACUGGAGAUUAUCAAGGAGAAAGCACCACAUAUUCUACAUGACCUGUGCUGCCCAGAUCGGGAAGACGUUUACGAAUGCAUCGAGAGAGGUUUUGAUGAUUGCUGUAGCUACUUACUGGGCGAGAAGAUUACCAACGAGGGCAUCGCCACCGCUUGGUUAAAGAAACUCAACUUUCUGUCGAUAGAGACGGCAUGGGCUGGAUCCAAUUUCAACUGGAACUUCCAAACCAACAUGACAGCUUAUAACUCUUGGUUUGCCAAGAACGCCUCGAUGCUUAUCGGUGAUUUCUCCCUAGAGAUGAAGAAUCAAGCUCGUCGGUUCGAUACCUCCAGAUUUCAAAGUUCUUCCAUUAAGCGCAUGUUUAUGCUGCUAUUAAGAGGUGGCUACUUAAACGACAGAGAAAAACGCGAAAAAUUAACCAAGGUUUCCAACGAGAUGGAGAACAUUUACGGCAAAGGCACGGUGUGUCGGGAGAGCGGCGAAUGCUUGGCUUUGGAGCCUGAUUUGGAGGAUCUGAUAGCGACUAAACGAGACUACGAUGAGCUACUCUGGGCUUGGAAGGGAUGGAGGGAUGAGGUGGGCCGAAAGGUCCGUCCAUUAUACCCGCAAUGGGUGGAGUUGAAGAAUGAGGGAGCCAGAACCAACUCCUAUGCCGACGAAAGCGAAGUAUGGCAGGAGAGGUACGAGAUGAGAGACGGGAAAUUUGAAGCGAUGCUCAGCCGAAUCUACACGGCCGUCAAACCCAUGUACGAGCAGCUUCACGCCUACGUCCGCCGUAAACUAGCCGAACAUUACGGCCAGGAUAAAGUGGAUACUGACAACGGCAUGAUACCGGCUCAUCUACUCGGUAACAUGUGGGGCCAGCAGUGGAACAACAUUUACGACCUGGUCACCCCUUACCCCGACGUGCCGGACUUGGAUGUGACCCAGGAGAUGCGUCGUCAAGGCUACACGGUUCAUAAGAUGUUUAAGACGGCCGAGCGGUUCUUCACAUCCCUGGGCAUGGAUCCCAUGCCCGAGUCCUUCUGGGAGGAGUCCAUGAUGGAGCGACCUAAGGACAGGGAAGUGGUCUGCCACGGAUCGGCACACAAUUUCUUCAAGAAUAGAGAUGUCAGAAUCAAGAUGUGCACUGAAAUCACGAUGGAGGAUCUGUACACGGUUCAUCAUGAGAUGGGUCAUUGUGAGUACUACCUGCAGUAUCACGAUCAACCUGUCGUCUUCAGCUCUGGUGCCAAUCCGGGCUUCCAUGAGGCAGUUGGUGACACCAUCGCUCUGUCGGUAGUCACCCAGGACUAUCUCCACGAAAUCGGUCUGCUUGAUGAAGUGUCGAAUAAUGAAGCGGCUGAUAUUAACUACCUCAUGAAAGUCGCCCUGAGUAAGAUAGCUUUCUUGCCGUUCGGACUGAUGAUCGACAAGUGGCGAUGGGGCGUCUUCCGAGGAGACAUCAAACCUGAAGACUACAAUAAAGAAUGGUGGAGACUGAGAGCGGGGUACCAAGGCCUGAAGCCACCUAUCGAACGGACCGAAGAAGACUUUGAUCCCGGUGCAAAAUAUCAUAUACCCUCAGGAACUCCCUAUAUACGGUACUUCGUUAGUUUCGUGAUUCAGUUCCAAUUUCACCGUGCGAUGUGUAAAGAGGCCGGUUUUGAGGGACCGUUGCACUUAUGCAAUACUUACAACUCUGCGGAGGCAGGCCAGAAGCUGCGUGACAUGCUGUCGUUGGGAAUCAGCGUUCCGUGGUGGGAGGCCCUAGAGGUAUUGACGGGCUCUCAAACCAUCGAUCCGUCCGCUAUCGAAGAAUACUUCGCACCUCUCGUCAAAUGGCUGGAAAAACAAAAUGGCGGCAACGUGGGCUGGAACCCCAACCCUUGAAAACACAUCAACAGCCCUGUGCCUGGAGUAAACAAAAUGCCUGCAACAAACACACAUCCUGCAGCAACUUCCGCACAGUAUAGUUGCGUCUGAAUGUCGUGGCUUCGGCCGGGUGUCAUGUGAAAUUUGGACUCCUAUAAAAUCUGGUCUCUUACGAAAUCUGGUCUCUUAUGAAAUCUGGUCUCUUUUACCUCAUACAGACUGUUCUUAUUCCGUCUUAUUGAGGCAUGCACAAUACAACCACGUUCAAUUUGGUUGUAUCGCAUAUUUUGUGGAGUCCACAUUUCACACUACAUCCGGCAGUACUACAUGCAUCUAUGAAAUUUGGACUCUUUAUGAAAUCUGCAGAUCCCUUAUAUCUUAUAAUGGACUCUCAACCUCCGAUCAGUAUUCUCAUUGUUCUGGUGGCUCAGCCGCCAUGCAGAACACAACCACUGAGUCUGUAUUUCAUACACAAAUGCAAAUCAAGAUUUGACGAUGUUAGAGGGGUAACAACGAAAUGGCAAUUUUUUUUUUAACAAGUUUGGACAUGAUCAUGUUUUACAGGAUUAUUUAUUUUUUACUUUUUAUUUAUAUCAGAAUUUCAUUCCCAUCUUUUAUUUUGAUUGCAUAAAAACUGCAGAUACCAUUUCUCCAAUAUACCUGUGGAAUUUAUUUGUCCUGUUUUUUCCCCACAGAAUAGAAAAUCGUCAAACCUUGAUUUUCAUUUGAUCAUUUUUCAAAAUUGCACUGUUUCGUAGUUGUACGUGUAGACUGAAUUGGUGCAGGGAGUCCUAUCUUUAUCGGUAAAAAUGACUUGGGAUUUUUGGGAUAUAGAAGUUUUGUUUAAGAUUUAAAAAAUAAUGUAGGCCUACCCCCGAAGUGUUUCGUAACACUUCGUUCCAUCUUCGGAACUUCCUCAUACUUCUCUUUCUUUUUACAUCCACGACACGAAAAACGAAGUCAUCCUUUAAGACACUGUCACGACUUGUCCUCGUUAUCGGGGUCCAAGGGAAACAUUUACCCCAAACCAAAGAAAGUCUCAUCAAGUAGUAGGAAGGUGUACUGCAAAGAUUUAUGGAUGGUAUGAAUGGUGGUCUGUAUUAUAAAAAAAGAUAUUUAUUUUUUUUUAACUCUUUAAUUGAUAACAAAAGGUACUCAGCAAUUUCAGCUCAAGUUAACUUUAUUAAAUUGUUAGGAGAAAAUUUCAAUGAUUUUUAUAUUUAUUUUGGUUAAAAAUGUAUGUAGGACUAUGAAGAGUAUAACUCUGCUCAUUCGGAAAAUAAGUGUACCUCUUGAGAUUUCCUCCUAUCUGUGAUAACGAUCUUCCUUGAGUUUUGUUGUCAACGUUUUUCCUUGAAAGGGCGGAUUGGAUUAUUAGCAUUUUAUUAAUUAAUAAUACUAACCAUUUUCAGAAUGCUGGAUGUAUGGCUCUAUACGUCCGGGGCUAGAUUGAGUUGGAUUCUAUCGCAUACAAAGAUGUCUCACCAGACGCAUCUUAUUGUAAACCUACGUGAAAUAACACUUUUCUAAAGUGUUGAAAACACAUUAUUUCACCUCGUGUAUUUGUGCAAGUCGAGGUCAUACUCCUUCGUGUUUUUUUUUUUUUUUAAUUAAAAACGAUUUGAAUGAAAAACUCAUUCCCGCGCUGCAGAACUUUUUUUCAGAUCGUACAUCUAAAUUUCUGAUUUUAUUUUUGUAUACUUAUUGGUCUGGUAAACUUAACGGAAAACGCUCAUUUAACUGUUGGUGUAUUAUUACAAUUAUUACCAUAAUUAUUAGUUUUUUAGUUUUUUUCUUUUAAGUAUUAUUCCUUAUACAUUAGUUGGAUGGAAAAACCUUUAAACGUGUCAACGAAUAUAUCUAGAAGUAUUCCAUGAGAUAUUUAAUCUCCCUGUCAGGACACAUGUUUCAUUUGUUGUGUUCUCUGAAUAUUAUAACUUUAAGUUAGAGAACACUAACUGUGCACAAUGGUUAUCAAUAAAUCUGCAAUACACUAAGGUUCUUUAUUCCAUCUUAAAUAUAGUUUCCUGUACCGAUAACAACAUAUUUCUAUAUUCUAUUCGAGUUGUUUAAUCAUAUGUAAAACAAUUCUACCAAUGUACAUCAAAAGAGGGCGCUCCUAUGAAUACUUCUUCGACUUCUGUACAUUAACCUCCUAUACCCCCCC